CGAGAACACAGUUUGACUUAUUACUCGGUUUCUACCUUACAGCUUAAGAAAUGAUCGAGAAGUACGCUUUUCUGGCCUUUGUCGUGGUUAUUCUCUUAAAUUUCGCCGUUGAGAGCAAAUGCUUUCUUGGCCCCUACCGUAGCGGAAAGAGGGGAUCAAUUGCGAAAGGAAAGGUUUGUGUGUGCUCUUUUUUCUUUAUUUCAGAUUUGCGUCUGAAAGAUUUAGGUGACGGUAGGCAUUCAAUUUAUUCUUUUUUUCUUUCGCUUCAGCACGAAACCAUAACUUCAGUGAGGGAUACAAUUGACGCAACAGAAGAUAGAGGAAUAAAUAGAGAAACUCAUGUUCCGUUGAGAUUUUUCAAGUUCAAAAGGGUGGCGAGUAAUAUUUGUCGUCUAUCGAAAAAUCUUGGAUGCUGGAAAAUGGAGCAAACUCAACGAUAAGUAAGGAAAAACUAGUUAAAUCUUGAGACC